AUGGAUUUCGUUAAAUCCUUUUGUAGUCCACACAUAAAAAUUCCAAAUAGAGAAUAUGUCCGAGCGCAUUCCAAACAAUUACUACCUAUGAUUGCUCCAUGGAGAAAUAAUACGGGUGUUGUGAUACAAGAUCGAGAGUCUGUCAUACAUUUAACAGUAAAACGAAUAAUAGAAGUGUUACAAAAACAAAACAUAAAUGUACCGUCGAAACUAGAAUAUCGAGAGAAAACGGGCCACGAUGGUGCCGGAAAUAUGGCUAUAUAUAAAUCAGUAAAUACGCCGAUGGAAAAUGCUAAUAUAUUUAGCAAAAUGUUUGUUUCGCUGUCUCUUGAGGCUUCCACUGGCGAAGUAUUAUGGAUAAACGAGUCACCGAAUAGCUCACACUGGUGUCGACCUUUGGCAUUAAUAGCUGAGAAAGAGUCUGUGGAGUUAUUAUAUUUCGUAAAUGGUGCAUUUGAGCCAGAAGAAAAGCGCUUACAAGAAGAAGGAACAACAUUCGAUUAUAAUAAUACGAAAUAUGAUUUAAAAAUAACGAUUGAAACGAGUAUGAAAGAUCUUAAAGUGCGCACAAUAGAGUCGGGGUUAGGCGGUGCCGAUUGUCUUCUAUGUACUACGCGCUCUAACGAAUGGAAAGAUGUAGAUAAAAUUAAAAAACCGUAUUUUUUUGCAGUCAAUCGGACAGCCGAAAAAACGCUCGAUUUGUAUAAUCAAAUGAUAAAAGACGACGGCGAAAUCACUAAAAAGAAGAAUGACUAUGAAGCUCGACAGGGACUCACGAGUAAACCACUAUCAAAUACUGAUCAACACCACAUAACGAUUACACAUCAAUAUAUUAAUGGCAUACAAUGGAUUUUAAAAAUUAUAUAUCAUUUACGAGCCGAUCUUUUACUAUGGUCAGAACGAGGCGAAACGACAAAAGAAAGAAUUAAAAAGGCGCGCGAAACUGUUUCGAAUGAGAUUGAAUCAGGUACCGGUCUUCGUCUUGAUCAGUACGAUACGACUGGUUGUUCUGGUACUAGUACGACCGGCGGUCAAGGACGAAAGUUUUUCUCGUACGAAGUAAGAAAUUCAAUUGUUUCGACAGUACCAAAAGCGCAACAAAUGACUUGGCCUAUUAAACCAAAGGCCAAAGGGUGA